CAAUGACGGUGCGGCCUCAGUUUGUCGACAGGUGUCUCGCGCCGGAGAUAUUCACCCACUCCCGUUUGGUUCUCGUAUCAGAAUCGAUUUGUUUCCUUCUCGAGUGUAUUGCUCGCGAUAAUCACUCGCGAUCGCGAACUUUAGCUUACGAAUUCAUCAUCCCGCGUUCGCGGUGAAAAAUUGCUACAUAGACCCAUCUUCCGCAUUCACGGGAUUUCAUAACGAUAGAAGCACGCGGAGAAAUAGCAAACAAUGGCGCAGUUAAUACAAAUAAUAUACGAUGGCUAUCGAGACUUGAUGGACAACAAGAGCGAUCCGAGAGUCAAUGAUUGGACUAUGAUGAGCAGCCCGUUUCCUACGUUAGCAAUUUGCCUAUUUUACGCCUAUUUCGUUAAGGUCCUGGGACCGAAGCUGAUGGAGAAUCGAAAACCUUUCGACCUCAGAAAAGUGAUGAUCUGGUACAACCUCUUUCAAGUAAUAUUCUCGACGUGGUUAUUCAACGAAAGUUUGGUUGGCUGGGGUGGAAAUUACUCCCUCAGGUGUCAACCGGUUGAUUACUCGGACAAUCCACAAGCAUUGCGAAUGGCGCGGGGUUGUUGGUGGUACUACAUCUCCAAGUUCGUCGAAUUAACGGACACGGUCUUUUUUGUAUUAAGGAAGAAGAAUGACCACAUUAGUACUCUUCACGUUAUUCAUCAUGGUUGUAUGCCUAUGUCUGUUUGGUUUGGAGUUAAAUUCACUCCCGGUGGUCACAGCACCUUCUUCGGUUUCCUGAAUACCUUCGUACACAUCGUAAUGUACUCGUAUUAUCUUCUGGCGGCACUUGGCCCGCAAAUACAACCAUAUUUAUGGUGGAAGAAAUAUCUGACAACCCUGCAAAUGGUCCAGUUCAUUCUCGUGAUGGUCCAUGCAUUCCAGCUACUCUUCAUCGAGUGCGAUUACCCGAGGGCCUUUGUGUGGUGGAUCGGCAUGCAUGCCGUGAUGUUUUACUUCCUUUUCCGCGGCUUCUACCAGGAAGCGUAUAAGAAAAAGGAUUCGAAAAAUGCAUCGAGCAAGCAAAAGGUUCUUAAGUACGAUAAGGAGCAAAAUACGCAGUGUGUUCAAGAUGACAACAAGGAGACCGAAAACGGCGUGAUAUAUGCGAAUCAAUAUAAAAUGGCUACCGGUUACAUUUCGGAUAGUGGUCUUAGGAACCGCGUGUUCAUCGACAAUCGAGGUUUUAAUGAAUGACGACAAGUUGACAUUAAAAGAGACUUUAAUUGCACAUCAAAUGUACAUUCAACUAUGGAUUAUCGUACAUAGAACGCUCCGCCAGUUGCUAUCCUCUGGUACCGUGAUCGAAUAUAAUAUAAAAACAGUUGAGAAAACAGACUAAAAACAUAUUUAUAAAGAAAUGAAAAAGAGAAAAAAGAAGAGCGCGUUGAACGUAAUUUUUGGAAGUCUGAACUUGGUAACAUUCUCUCUGAGUGUUUCGAGGCGGAAUCUUGUAUAAAGAAUUGUUUCGUGUGCUUUUUGUGUUGUAUAUGAAUGUAUAUAAAUGAAUGCGUGUGUUUUUAUGUGUUCGCUAGUGUAUCGCGAGAAGUGGAAACAGAUUGGACAAAUCGCUAACGAAAUUGACAAAAUAAACAAAAUAUUGUUUUCCUCAGUAGGAAGCGAAUCAAAGCGUAUCGAGUCUUCUAUCAAUUUUAUAUAUACUAUUUUAUAUAUUAUAUAUUAUACUUUUACCCCCAAGAGCGUUCUAAAUUUCUUGUCGAUUA